AUGGAAGCUGUGCCCAUCCAUCGCUCACCUAGCGCAUCCUCAUUAUCAAGUCAGUCCUCCUUAUCUAACACAUUGGGGGGUAACUAUGGCGAUCUCCAACCCCCACAGCGACCACCCAAUCUCAUGACAAGAAUCAAACGGCUAUCAAUGUUACAUCGAGUUCCCUCUAGCCCGUUCAAUGUUGAUACCAAACUUGACUUGCCCAUAACGGUGGGCACUGCAACCAAACUGAAACGAAGCAAAAGUCGCAAACGAAAUGUGCGUAACAAAAUGAAAGAAUGGCUGCUGGCGGCUCUUACCAUCAUCAUGGGAGGAUUUAUCGCUGGUGUAUUUGUCAUAACAGGAAUCGAGUCUGCAGCUUCCUCCGUCCGACAUAGGUACAGUGGAACGUCCAGGUGGAAUAGUACGAAUCCAACCACCGUCUCACAAGCUAUGCCUGAGUCAACCAAUGCAGCUGAAAUCACACUGAUGCCAACCAUUCCAGCAGGCAGGUUCAUGGAUCCGACGGAAGUUCCGUAUGCAAUAGAGGUUAUGCCUGAUUUGACCAAGCUGACAACCUGCAGCAAUCCCACGGUAGAUGACGGUGUAGCAUUUCCAUUGAAUAUGGUUGACCCAGGUUUUAUUUCCUGCUACAGUUGCGUUCUACUGACAAGCCCCACCAGUGACGCUCGAGUGGUCGCUGUGGUAGUGGACUCUUUCAUCCCGCAAAGUAACAACAGCAUCUUGAUCAACGCCAAAACGUAUAACAAACUGAACACUGCCCACGAAAGCGAUACCCAAAUGAUGGUAAUGUGGCAGCCUUCCAACUGUUAA